GUCCUUAUUGUAUGGACAGCUGUACUGUUCUGCAGUAAUCUCAGUGGUUUGUCUGUCUGGUCUGAAAAUACACUGUACAGCCCUGUAGCACUUUUGCACUGGGAAUUUUGAGUCUUAUAUCUGAGUUAUCUUCUUUGCUGAAAUAAACUGAACAGCUUCCUGUUUACUGGACAGAGACCAGUUGGUUUUGCUUUGGGUGCUGCACAUACCCUUUGCUGUCAUUUUGGUGAUUUAUGUUUUUUGUUCUUGAUUUAAGGAUGUCUGUUAAUGCCUUCUUUAUAAUUCUCUUCAUUGCCCUGAUGGGGCUUUGCAUCAUGGAAGAGGCCAUACAGUGCCCACACUGUACUGAUGAGAAGAUUGCCCGCUGCAAACAACCUGUGGGUUGUGAGGAACUGGUGAGGGAGCCAGGAUGUGGCUGCUGUUCAAGUUGUGCUCUAGGCAAAGGGAUGCUGUGUGGGGUUUACACAGCUCGUUGUGGGUCAGGACUGCGCUGCUAUCCCCAGAAAGGUGUGGAUAAGCCCCUUCACAAGCUGAUACAAGGGCAAGGCGUCUGCAUGGAACCCUCCGAGAUUGAACUGAUUCAGUCACAACAAGACCCUACAAUGAACAUUGACCACCCCAAUAACAGCCACUACAGUCCAUGUCAUCCUCCGCAAGACAAAAAAUGUCAAAAGUACACUGUUAUUAUACGUGAAAAGUUACACACUGCUGGAAGAGCACAAAAUAACCGUGUUACAGUAGAAGAACCCAAAGUGUUGGGUUCAUGUCUUAAAGAGCUGCAGGUUGCACUGGAGAAGUUAGCAUCACAGUCUCGGACACAUGAAGACUUCUACACCAUCCCCAUUCCCAACUGUGACCGAAGUGGAAAUUUUCAUGUCAAACAGUGCCAUCCUGCACUUGAUGGGCAGCGUGGAAAGUGCUGGUGUGUGGAUACACAAACUGGCAGGAAGCUUGACAAGUCUCCAGAGGUGAAAGGUGAUCUUGACUGCGAGCUGCUCCUGACAGAGAACAAGAGGGAAUGAGCAUCUUCUAGAACUACUGAGUUCUUCACCAACCAUCUAAACAUAAACCUACUGGUGCUUUUGUAUGUAUAAGAGACACUACCAGAUGACCUCUUCCAGUCUGUGGCUUAAUAUCCUGGCUGUGCACAUGGAAAACAACACCACAAAGAUGACACAAGAUGAGGCAAUCUGACUUUUGCUUGGUCAGCAACCAUUUAGCCUUUUGCUGAAAGCUGUGUUAUAAAAUGUGAUAUUUAAUUCCUUACAAAAGUCUAUAUAAUUAAACUGAUUAUGGAACACUAUAAAAUACCACUGAGUUGGGGGAGAGGAGGUUUGAGAGAUAUUAUACAAGUAGGCUUGUAACUGAAGGGCAUUUGUACAAAAAAUGCAUUUUUAAAUGGCUUUACAUACUUUUCUGAUUUUAUUUUUUUUAUUUUUUUCUGUUCAGUGGCUAUAGAUGAAUUAAGUGGAACUGUUCAUAAGAAGAAUGCAUCACUCUGCCUUUUGUAUGUAAUGUUUAAAGUGAAAUUAUGCUUUUGAUUAGUGAUGGCAAAACUUUGUGAAUAGCUAUCCAUAACACAGACACUUUGUCCUUGCAAAGACAUUGUCGCACUAGCAUUGUGAAUGUUACAACACUGUAUCUGGGUUACCUACACCCGAUUAUACUUGGUACAAAAAGACGUCAUCACUCAGUAGUCAGCAAUGAACUUUAACCUCCUCUGUCCUUUCACAGCAAAUAGGUAUCUUAUAGGCUCAUAGGUAAAUACUAGGUUAUUAUACUAAUAUUUGGGUGAUACAACAGAGCGUUAAUUGCCUGAAAUAAGAAACAAAGCCCUGUGACAAUAUUGUAUUUUACAAUAUCAAAAAUUAGUUGACUCCUGAAAGAUAGUAGCAAACCAAUUUGACAAUGAAAUGUUUGCAUCUUGAAAGCAUGUGUUUUCUAAAAUGAGAGUCAAGAAACAAUAUAAUAAAUAUUUGAUUGCAAAAAAAUAGUUAAAAUGGCAUAUUCUGUAUUAAAAGAGCAUUAGUAUGAUACAUUAAAACAUUUUGAUGACUUUG